CAGCUCGCUCCAUUCACCCGAGCCCUACCAGCCAGCCGGUGGCCCCCAGCUCCCCGCUCCCGCGGGAGGCCUGCAGACACCCGCUGCCACCCGUCACCGGGGGCCCGCGCCCCGCUCGCCCCGGCCUCGCGCCGCUCGGGGGGCGCUGCAAAUAGUCCUUUGUUUACAUGCAAUUCCUUACUCCGCGGAAGGAGGCCGGGGGAGUGCUGAGUUUUCACCAGCUGUUUCCCGCCUUGAAACAGACAUCUGAUCAGCUGCAAACACACACACACAGGCACACACAGACACACACACACAGACACACACACACACACACACACACACACACACUCGCGCCCGGGGAGGCAGGCCGGAGAGACCUCCCUCCCGCCCCUCCCGCCCGCCUCCCUCCCCUCGCCGCUGCCGCCAGCAUCUGGGACCGGCCGAUUCUGCACCUCCGUCCGGCGCUGCCCUUUGAUUCGGAUUUCCAUCUUGCAUUCUCCGGCGGACCGCGAGACCCGGCUUGUGCAGAGGAGGGGGGCCGAUCGCUAUGGAGUAUUUCAUGGUGCCCACUCAGAAGGUGCCCUCUUUGCAACAUUUCAGGAAAACAGAGAAAGAAGUGAUAGGAGGGCUCUGUAGCCUUGCCAACAUUCCACUGACCCCUGAGACUCAGCGGGACCAGGAGCGGCGGAUUCGGAGAGAGAUCGCUAACAGCAACGAGCGGAGGCGCAUGCAGAGCAUCAAUGCGGGUUUCCAGUCCCUUAAGACCCUCAUCCCCCACACAGAUGGAGAGAAGCUCAGCAAGGCAGCCAUUCUCCAGCAGACGGCAGAGUACAUCUUCUCCCUGGAGCAGGAGAAGACCAGGCUCCUACAGCAGAAUACACAGCUCAAGCGCUUCAUCCAGGAGCUGAGUGGCUCAUCCCCCAAGCGACGUCGAGCAGAGGACAAGGAUGAGGGCAUAGGCUCGCCGGACAUCUGGGAGGACGAGAAGGCAGAGGACCUGCGGCGGGAGAUGAUCGAGCUUCGGCAGCAGCUGGACAAGGAGCGCUCGGUGCGAAUGAUGCUAGAGGAGCAGGUACGCUCGCUGGAGGCCCACAUGUACCCGGAAAAGCUCAAGGUGAUCGCACAGCAGGUGCAGCUGCAGCAACAGCAGGAACAGGUGCGGCUGCUGCACCAGGAGAAGCUGGAGCGGGAACAGCAGCACCUACGGACCCAGCUCUUGCCCCCUCCGGCCCCCACCCACCACCCUACGGUGAUUGUACCUGCGCCGCCACCCCCUCCCUCCCACCACAUCAACGUCGUCACCAUGGGCCCCUCCUCGGUCAUCAACUCUGUUUCCACAUCCCGGCAAAAUCUGGACACCAUCGUGCAGGCGAUCCAGCACAUCGAGGGUACCCAGGAAAGGCAGGAGCAGGAAGAGGAGCAGCGGCGAGCAGUCAUCGUGAAGCCAGUCCGAAGCUGCCCGGAGGCCCAGGCCUCCGACACCGCCUCCGAUUCAGAGACCUCAGACAGCGAUGCCAUGGAUCAGAGCCGGGAGGAGCUGGCGGGACCUGGGGGGCUUCCCUGACCACCCCCCAGCCCUCCUCUCCCUUCUGGGGGCUGGAGGGGGCCGGGGCAGCAACAGGGAGUACAUGCAGGCCAGCGAGUGAGGAAUUUUUACAAAAUUAUAACGGCAUUUGGGUCUCUUUUAUGACCUCUUUUUCAAUACUGUAAAUCCACUUUGGAGCGAAGGCCACCCAACCGGUGGUCCCGGGGGCUGUGGUGGGGGUGUGUGGGAGCACCGGGGGGCUGUGGGCGCUGACCCUGAGGGGCCUGGCCUCUCUCCGCCAAAAGCAUUUUUUUCAUUUAAACAUGUUGUUAAAGAACAGGGAAAAUCAAACAAAACCCCACAUAUUCUGCCCUCCCCAGAGCCAGCCCUACGACUGUUAGUUUUUAACCACCUCCUUACCUCUUUGUUUUGGUUUUCUUCUUUCUCCUUUAAGCACUUACAUGGGUUGGGGGUCUGGCUGGGUCAGGACUCUCUGGCGGUCUGGGGUCGAAGUUGCUUCUCGGUUGGGGUUUGCUGCUGCCCUUCUGCCCUGCCCUUCCCCUCCCCACCCCAUCUCAGCACUAGGAUUCGCCACUCUCCACCACCAGCCGGCCCCUACCUUUCCCUCAAGGUUUCCCAUUUUCGACCCCCAAAAAAUGUCUUUGUCUCUCUUUUUGUUUUGUUUGUUGUUGGUUUUAUUUUGUUUUUGUUUUUUUUUUUGUUUGUUUUUUUUUUUUUUUUAAUUUUGAGGUCUUUGUGUUCAUGGAGAGCUAUUAUAUUUUGUUAAGAAAGUGGGGGGAAAAAAACCAAGAGGCCACUGUGCCUUUAUAAAGAAACAAAAUAAAGUUUGUACUUUGUUUUUUAGAUUCUGUGUCUCCUGGUACGUGCUGUCCUGAGUUGCUGGGGAAGGCUUCCUGGACUAGAGUACGGGAUGCCUUUUGGGCCCACCAGAGGGGACUGGAUGUGGGUGAGCAUGAUGACUCCCCCAACUUGUGUGUGGUGUUGCAGUGAGAAAUCAGGGUCCUCAUAUUCCCUGGGAUUACUCUGGGUGUUCUGCAAAGAUGAGAGAUGGUGUUGGGGAUGAGAGGAGUGGCUCCCAACUCCUUGAAGGAGGGGUCAAGGAGAGAAUGAACAACUAAGCCACAAGUUCCUAUGUCCUAGAGAAAGGACACAGGAUGUCCGAGUUGAUCCCUAGGCUUUACCACGUUUUCAGCUUGUGUAACCUCUCUGAACCUCAUUCUCCUCAUCUAUAGAAGAGAAGGGAUCACUCCCUCAUGGUGUGGUGUUUAAGAGCUAAGGUCCUGGAUUUGGUCUGCCAGUGUGGUCAGUUCCACCUUGGGCAAGCCACUCGAUAUUUGAGCCUCAGUUUCCUCUUCUGAAAGGUGGGAAUAAUAAUGGCACAAGGAUAAUUCAUCUUAUGGGGGGUGGGAGUGGUUCUUUUAAAUCCAUCCUCCAUGACCAGAGAGCACUUUACAAUGUACCCUUCUGGGCUUGCUUUUCCUCAGGCUCACUCUGUGCCAGGUACAUGGGAACUGAGUCCAGAGUGAAGUAGCCAAUUCACUUCUUACCCUGCAAUGAGUGUCUCCAGACAUGAAGUUGUUGAAUAGAAAGGCAGUCAGGAGCCUGCAUUUUUUUUCCAGAACUUUUAUAACUUUUUAAAGGUGAAAUUCACAUAACAAAAUUAA